AUGGCUGGCUCCACGCGAUCCCAAAGCACGAGGGAUGCAAAAACACGAGAUCCCCUUAAACGGGCACCCCUCCGUGCGACUACGAAGACACGGCUAUCUGCAAUCCAUGAUCGGUCCGGAACUCCAGCCAACCUCACCAGACUUUCAGCGCCCAGCUCGGUGCGCCCCAACGUAUCACCUGGCACCUUAUCCAACGCCGGGUUAAAACGCAAGGACCGGGAGUUCGAACAGGAGGUUCCUGGAGAUACUAACAUUCAUGUGGCCGUUCGUUGCAGGGGAAGAAAUGAAAGAGAAGUUAAGGAGAACAGUGGCGUCGUGGUUUCUUGCGAAGGGGUUAAAAGCACGAUGGUUGAGCUAUCCAUGGGCCCAAAUGCCUUGGGGAACAAGGCCUACAAUUUCGACAAGGUCUUCUCGCCAGCCGCAGAUCAAGCUACUGUGUUCGAGGAAGUGGUAGUGCCAAUGUUAAAUGAGAUGUUGGCAGGCUACAACUGUACAAUUUUUGCGUACGGGCAAACUGGAACCGGAAAAACAUAUACCAUGUCGGGUGACAUGACUGAUACGCUUGGACUGUUAUCUGAUGCUGCGGGAAUCAUCCCUCGUGUUUUUUAUGCACUCUUCAAAAGAUUGGAGGAAACUGAAAAUUCAGUUAAAUGCUCCUUUAUCGAGUUAUACAACGAAGAGUUGAGAGAUUUGCUCUCUCCAGAGGACAACAAAUUGAAAAUUUACGAAGAUGGAGGUAAGAAAGGCAACCACGGCACAAUGGUGCAGGGUAUGGGGGAAUCUUACAUCCAUUCCGCGUCGGAUGGUAUCAGGCUUCUCCAGGAGGGUAGUCACCGUCGACAGGUUGCAGCGACGAAAUGCAACGAUCUCAGUUCCCGAAGUCAUACUGUAUUCACGAUUACUGCAUACAUCAAGAGAUCUACUGACAAAGGUGAAGAGCUUGUAAGCAGUGGAAAGCUAAACCUCGUUGAUCUAGCCGGAAGCGAGAAUAUCCAACGCAGCGGAGCUGAAAACAAGAGAGCCGCUGAAGCUGGUCUAAUCAACAAGAGCUUGCUUACUUUGGGCCGAGUAAUCAACGCCUUGGUAGAUAAGAGCCCGCAUAUUCCCUAUAGGGAAUCCAAACUUACGCGUUUGCUGCAAGACUCAUUGGGUGGUCGUACCAAAACAUGUAUUAUCGCAACUAUAUCUCCUUCCAGAAGCAACCUGGAAGAAACGAUCUCCACGCUUGACUACGCGUUUCGAGCUAAAAAUAUUAGAAACAAGCCACAGAUAAAUUCAUCAAUGUCUAAGAAAACAUUGUUGCGCGAGUUUACAGCUGAAAUUGAGAAACUUAAAGGUGAGCUAAUUGCAACAAGGUUGCGAAAUGGUGUUUACCUAUCUGCAAACUCAUAUGAGGAAAUGACCGUUGAAAGCGAAUCACGGCGAAUUUUAACGGAAGAGCAGAGAGCUAAGAUUGAGAGUAUGGAGGCAAAUCUGAAAAAUAAAGUUCAAGAAUUGUUCAGUCUGACAAGUAAUUUCAACACAUUGAAAAAAGAUAACGAAUCUACACGAGUAAAGUUGGACGAAACCCAUGAUAUCCUAGAGAAAACGGAAAUUGUUCUACAAAAUACGCAACAGACGUUGGAAGAGGAAUCGAUGUUACGAGAGGCUCACGAAACUACUGAACUGGAGCUGCGCGACAUUAGCACUGGCCUGAUCUCUCAGCUUGAAAAAUCGGCUACAGAUCUGAACAACUUGCACUCAAAAUUAGAACGGCGAUCUCAACUACAUCAUUCCAAUAAAAAGGUGUGGGAGUCAUCAAAUAACCAUGUUCUAGAUAUUGCUAGAGUUGUUGAUGGCCGAAUGGCUACUUUUCAGGCGGAACAUAGUUCUCGUCUUGAGAGUCUCUCAUCCCGAGUAGAGCGCCAUAUCGCCGAGGAAUUAAAAUUAGUUGAAUUAGAUCGUACUCUGAUCAAAAACACAGACGAUUCUUUGAAGAACAUUGAAUAUGUCACGCAAAUGAAAAUGUCAGAAAACCGAGAUGAGAUGAAUGAUGUUUUGGAGGAAAUCAAAGACUUAAGAGAUGAUAUUCAACAGAAAGUUAGCGAUGGUUUAAAUGGGUUAUCUUCUGCUGCCGCCCGAAUUUCCGGGGAAGUAAUUCACGAGCUUCAACAAUUUCAGGGAGAGUUUCAUGGAAUGUAUAAAACCCUAAGCGACGAUUUUGUUAUCAUGUUUGAAUCGCUUGUGCAGCAGCUCCAGACCCAGAAAGAAUACGUACGGGAGAUCCGUCAAGAAUUGGAGAAGGCCAGCCAUAAAGCAAUGCACGCGAGCGAAGAAGCGUCUGCAACAUUGGAAACACUACUUGACGAAGAAAAGCGAAACUCAGAGAGAGAGCGAGCUGAGCUCAUGUCUCAAAUCCAGGCUCUUCUGAGCUCGACUGCUGAAAAGCAGGCUUUGAGACUUAGAAAUAAUAUCAAUAAUGCCAGGACUGAUAUCAAGCAAUCACGAUCGGCUUUCCAAAAGGCCACUACUUCAUAUGGACGGGGAAUGGACACUUGGGCCGACAAUGAGGACAAGCUUCUGAACAACGUUGUUACCUCCGAGAAGGAUUUGAAAUCGAAACUGAUCGACAAUAUGAGUAUAUUUUCGGCUAGGCAUGCUUCUAUAGCUGAUAGUACUAGUGCAGUUCAUGCGGAGACGAUUCGCAUUGUUGACGAGCAAAAAGAAGAUAUUCGAACACAAAUGAGGGCCCUUGAUGAGUUUGUGACUCGUGCUAGGUCAUAUAACAAUGACUAUCAUGACUCGAACUGUCGUGCACUCCAAACCUUUGACUCGAAUAUUCGUGCCGCGCACCAUGAUAUAGGUGGCCAUCUAUCGCAGUUAGGAUCGCGUGGAGAAGACUUCCUUGCUGAGCUCAGAAGUGAAUAUCAAGACAUGAAGGCCCUGGGCUUGAAUGUUACGGCACUAGUGAGAGAGCCGCUGUCAGAGCUCGAAAACAACGUCCAAAGGGCACAAAUGGAUGAUUAUAUCCCAACCGGAAAUACCCCAGAAAAAACCAAUUACCAGUUCUCUAUUAAGCUUCCCCAAACAGAGGCUCACGAUAAGCUUGUUCGGAAAAUGAGGGGACUGAAAAGCCCUGUGAAGAGCCCUGUGAAGAGCCCUGUGAAGAGCCCUAUUAAACAAACGCUAGUCGAUCUUGAACCGUUUACAUCCCCUAUGGGUUCCCAGUCUGCAUCUCCAUGUAAAGGGUUAGUUUAUCAUGAUAACGAUGGUUUGGUGGAAUCCCCAAACAAGCCAUCUUCCAUGUCCUCUGGGUUAAGGGAGAUUGAUAUUAAUAUUUCUCGUCUCCCGAACAGCAGCGUUAUACCUGAUUUUGGCGUCUCAGCGGAUGAUUAUGAUGUCGACAACGACGUUACUGGUCUUUAUGGAGACAUGCAACCGCCAGCAAAGAGGCGCCUUUCUGAAACCCUAGCUCUGAAAGCGAACUUGACCGGAGAAAAAAAGAUGAUCCCGAGAAGGGUGACGAGAAGAAACGCUACGACGAUCGGGCCUGGUGCGGUUUCCGAAGGUAGGGAGAAUAUCUUGCCGUCUAUAUCCGGGAAUGGUGAGCUCAGGAGGGUUAGGAGCGGGCUUCAUUGA